AUCAAAUAGAAUUAGGCAGAUAUGUAAUCCCAUACGGAAGUGGCAGUCGAAGACAACAGGAGGUUUGAAAUGCCUGCAGCAUGGCGUCUGCACAGCGAUCUGCUACUGAAUACCUCAGAAACAACUGGAAAGACCUGGUGACUGGCAUGAAAAACCUUCCUCUGAUCAUUGAGAGUCUUUAUCAGGAGGGGGCUUUCAAUGUCUAUGACGUCGAUGCUCUCAAAGCUGAGAGGACAGAGUUUGAUAAAGCCAGAAGUAUAUUGGAUUGGGUUAUUAACAAAGGUGAUGAGGCCAGUUAUAAAUUACUCAAGAUUCUGGAUGUCACUAAGAAGACGACAUUAGAUCCUGGUUUACACCCCUGGAUCAGCUAUUUUCCCUUCAAAGAAGAAGACGCAGAGGCCAGCUAUUCAAUUGGUACAAAGCCCUGUAAAAUCUACCAGACACAGCUCAAGAUGAAAGCAAAAAGUAUGUUGAAGAACCAAAGGAAAUGUUUUUGUAAACAUCUGGAUGACAAGGUACAAGGAAACUUAAGUUUUAUACCUCUUGUUUUAAAGACUGACUCUGUCAUGAAAACGCAAUGCAAAAUAAAUUUGAAAAACAAAAAAUGCAAAAAGCUACGGCCCAAGAAGCUGAGGGCUUACAUUCCUAACGAGGAACAAGCACUGUCACCUGAGGACCUCCUGAGAUGGCAGGACAAGAGCAUCCUCAUCAUCGGCAAACCUGGAGUAGGAAAGACUACAGUUGUCCAGGAAAUGCUGCGACUUUGGGCAGAGAAGGAUGACAGACAGAUAGAUUACAUGUUUUACUUUGAUGAAAGUGUUUUGGCCCACAGUUCUAGCACUGCCAGCUUGGAAGCUCUUUUGUUUGAUGUGUUAAACACUUGUAAAGAACCGCUGAAGCAAAUCAAAUUCUUUGUAGAAUUCUUGCAUAAAUCUUCUCAGUGCGACUGCAAACUUUUUGAGGUGAGAGGACAAUACGACCCAGAAAAAUGCAAUGCUCUGCUGGAUCUUUGCUCACAUGUGAAGAACUAUGAGACUCAAACAGGCAGGAGUUAUCUUCCAGCAUUACAGUCAGUUUUCCAGUUACCUGAUGUCUGGAUCAUAGAUCUCUCACAGAGAAAGAGCUCCGUCCUCCUGGAAGUGCUGAAGCUCCAGACAGAGAAGAAACCAGUAGUGCUGAGAGGAUUAUCAGAGGAAGAGAGAGAAGUGAUGAGUUUCCUUCAGUGUCUGCCCUACAUCUCAGAGCUGAGACAUAGCAAAGAGACAGCAGAGAAGGCCAUUUACCCCAGCAGCAACAAAUCUCGCAUUCUCAUAUAUGUAGUGCUUAUUAUGAUCUUUAACCACCUCAUCACAGAUGACUCCGUAUUCCAGGAUUUUAUGCAUGAGGUGCUCCGGGAGUUUCUUCCUCGAUUCGUCAUUGUCUACAUAGAUGAUAUCCUCAUCUACUCCCGGAGCCAGGCUGAACAUCGCCAGCAAAUUGCGGAGGUCCUCCAACACCUGAGAGAACACCACCUAUUCCUCAAGGUGGAAAAGGGCACUUUCCUCCAACUUACGAAGCUUUCUCCUCCCUCAAACACUUGUAAAGAACCGCUGAAGCAAAUCAAAUUCUUUGUAGAAUUCUUGCAUAAAUCUUCUCAGUGCGACUGCAAACUUUUUGAGGUGAGAGGACAAUACGACCCAGAAAAAUGCAAUGCUCUGCUGGAUCUUUGCUCACAUGUGAAGAACUAUGAGACUCAAACAGGCAGGAGUUAUCUUCCAGCAUUACAGUCAGUUUUCCAGUUACCUGAUGUCUGGAUCAUAGAUCUCUCACAGAGAAAGAGCUCCGUCCUCCUGGAAGUGCUGAAGCUCCAGACAGAGAAGAAACCAGUAGUGCUGAGAGGAUUAUCAGAGGAAGAGAGAGAAGUGAUGAGUUUCCUUCAGUGUCUGCCCUACAUCUCAGAGCUGAGGUUAAACACUUGUAAAGAACCGCUGAAGCAAAUCAAAUUAUUUGUAGAAUUCUUGCAUAAAUCAUCUCAGUGCGACUGCAAACUUUUUGAGGUGAGAGGACAAUACGACCCAGAAAAAUGCAAUGCUCUGCUGGAUCUUUGCUCACAUGUGAAGAUCUAUGAGACUCAAACAGGCAGGAGUUAUCUUCCAGCAUUACAGUCAGUUUUCCAGUCACCUGAUGAAUGGUUCAUAGAUCUCUCAGAGAGAAAGAGCUCCGUCCUCCUGGAAGUGCUGAAGCUCCAGACAGAGAAGAAACCAGUAGAUCUGAGAAGAUGUUCAGAGGAAGAGAGUGAAGUGAUGAGUUUCCUUCAGUGUCUGCAACACAUCUCACAGCUGAGGUUCUGGGACAUUGCUGAUAAGGAAGGAUGGAUGUCUGCAUUAAGAUUCCUGCUGAAUCUCUGUGUUGCUGCAGUAGAAACUGACAAAGAUGCAGGAACAAGAUUCUCGACUAUGCUGUCAUCUGUGUGCAGCUACAAAACCUUCCCUUUUGAUUAUAAUGGUCAUGAUCAGAGUGAUUUCCUGCUGGAUCUUUGCUCACAUGUGAAGGACUAUGAGACUCAAACAGGCAGGAGUUAUCUUCCAGCAUUACAGUCAGUUUUCCAGUUACCUGAUGUCUGGAUCAUAGAUCUCUCACAGAGAAAGAGCUCCGUCCUCCUGGAAGUGCUGAAACUCCAGACAGAGAAGAAACCAGUAGUGCUGAGAGGAUUAUCAGAGGAAGAGAGUGAAGUGAUGAGUUUCCUUCAGUGUCUGCAACACAUCUCAAAGCUGAGGUUUUGGUUCAUUUCUUAUAAAGAAACAAGGAUGUCUGCAUUAAGAUUCCUGCUGAAUCUCUGUGUUGCUGCAGUAGAAACUGACAAAGAUGCAGGAACAAGAUUCUCGACUCUGCUGUCAUCUGUGUGCAACUACAAAACCUUCCCUUUUGAUUAUAAUGGUCAUGAUCAGAGUGAUUUCCUGCUGGAUCUUUGCUCACAUGUGAAGGACUAUGAGACUCAAACAGGCAGAAGUUAUCUUCCAGCAUUACAGUCAGUUUUCCAGUUACCUGAUGUCUGGAUCAUAGAUCUCUCACAGAGAAAGAGCUCCGUCCUCCUGGAAGUGCUGAAGCUCCAGACAGAGAAGAAACCAGUAGUGCUGAGAGGAUUAUCAGAGGAAGAGAGUGAAGUGAUGAGUUUCCUUCAGUGUCUGCAACACAUCUCACAGCUGAGCUGUUCUGAGAAGUGUUUGUUAAAUCUAGUUAAAGCAGUCCAGUUAAGAGAGAAUCCAGAGCUGGUGACAUUACUGUUUGAGGAUCUUGGCUUCUCUGUAAGUCUGGAAAGACAUGUACCCAGCAAAAUCUGCAGGUCUGUGGGGAGUUUCUUACAAUUCUCUUCUGACAGACUCAACCUCACUCUAAAACAUAAAGCUGUCUCUGUCAGAGGAACACGUCUUCUCUUCAGACACCUCACAAACAUAAACACACUCAGGCUGAGUGGUUAUAUGGUGGUGAGAGUAGUGCAGGCAUUGAGGUUUAUGAGGAUUCGAGCUCCCAUCACUGUUAAUGAGCUCACACUUGGUCUGAAUGAUAAACAGCAGUCAGAGAGGAAUCUGUCCAGGAUCCUAAGGAGCUUGGCCAUCCUUCCAAGAAUAUGGACUGUCCAGUGUUUGAAUUUGACUGAAUACAAGAUGCAGUCUGUUUCUGUGUCUGUCCUACUGUGUCACCAGGGACCAGUGACUCUCAGACUGUCUAAAGUGACUCUCCAGAAGCUGGUUGAAUGCGUCUAUGAAGCUCAGGAUGAAGAACUGACUCGAUGCUUCCUGCAGAAAGUGGGCGGGGAUCUGACUUCCUGUUCCUUGAGCUGGGAAGAGUUUCAUUAUUUCCUGCAGCACAGAAUUCAACAAAUCACUCUGAACCUCAGAAAGAGUAACAUUCAGGUCAACAUCAGAGAAAUGCUGCCAUUCCUGAACCAGAUUAAAUUUAAACGGUUGAGCUCUGCCUUCAUGCUGCGUGUAAUCAGAGAGAUCUAUGAGUCCGGCUCUGCUAGGUUUGUGUCCAGUCUGUUGAGUUCAGUGAAGAACUACAUUAACCUGCAGAGCAGAGAUCUGGACUCCGUUCACUCUGCGGCCCUGCGCUUCACACUGCCUUCACUCAACCUGCUCUGGACCUCCAUACCAGAGGAAGAGCUGCAGAGCAUUCUGCCUCUCUUCACACACCUCUCCCACCUCAGUGUUGACAAGCUGCUGUUGCUGAAGAUGCUUCACUGCUGCAGUGUCUCUGAUGUCCAGCAGGAGGCAGCAGCUGUUCUGCUCUCAAUCCUGCAGCACAAGCUGGACUUCUCCUGCCGCUCUGCUCUGGAUCUGGCAACAAACACAGACUCAGAGCCUCUACAUCUGACCACUGACGACUGCCGUGUGAUGUCCAGAGUCAUUCAGAGAGCUCAAUCAGACACAAAGACACGGCUGAUUCUGCAGGACUGUGAGAUUCAUUCAGCUGGAAUGGAUCAGCUGUUCCCAGUGUUACAUUCUGUUCAGCUCUGCUGUGAUAAACCUCUGCUGCUUCAGUUUCUGGCUCAUGUGAGGCCUGAGGAAGCUCAGUCUCUCUCUGGAGCUCUGGGUGAAGAGCUGGAUCUCAGUCAGACUCAGCUGGAUCUGCAGGUCUGUAGAGGUCUGGAGCUGAUUCUGGAAUAUUCUGAAGGACUGACAGAACUGGAUCUGAGUCAGUGCCAUCUCACCGAUCACAGUCUGGAUCUGCUGCUCCCAAACCUCCACAAAGCUCAAAACAUUGAUUUCAGUGGCAAUAGUAUAACUGACGCUGGGGCUCAGGAAAUCCACAGGAUCGUCACUCGCAACUGUAACAUAAAGACAGUAAGGCUCUUCAACAACAGAAUUGAAUCCCGAGAGCUCUUCAUCACUGACCCACGAUUUGAGAUCCAGUGAUGCCAGUAAACUCUCUCUGGAAUCAACAAACGGGUGAAAUAAUUAAUGCAGAUCUAGAGAGAUGAGAUUAAUGAUAAGGUAACAGGUGUAAAAACAUCCCAGAGAUGAAUCAAGCCACCAGAUCAUAAACCACAUUCAUGUUUUAUCAUCACCUUCAAUCAUAGUCAACAGUUGCAUGAACUGAUUUUUUCAUACCACAGCUAUGCUGAUGACAUUCAACUCUACCUCUCAUUCCAUCCUGAU